UAUGGCUUGUCCUGCGCAGCUUUCUAUUCCGUCGUCGGAAGGAGACUCGGAACGUGAAGUUCACUACCAAGACUACCUAAGGAUUAGUGAACUGCUAAGUCUUCAGGAGCUAAAAAGUGCAACUUUAGGAAAGGAUGGUGCAGUGCAUGAUGAGCAUCUCUUUAUUGUCAUUCAUCAAGUUUAUGAAUUGUGGUUUAAGCAAAUUCUUCAUGAACUUGAAUCUGUGAUGGAUAUUAUGCGUGCUGAGGUUAUUGAUGAGAACCAAAUGUUGAUUAUCAACUCCCGUGUAACAAGAAUCACAGUAAUAUUAAAAAUCCUGGUUGAACAAGUUAAAGUGCUGGAGACAAUGACUCCUCUUGAUUUUUUGGAAUUUCGGGAUUUUCUUAUUCCGGCCUCCGGAUACCAAAGCUUGCAGUUUCGACUGAUAGAAGUAAAACUUGGAAUCAAAGAAGCAGACAGAAUCAAUUAUGGCUCUGGGACAUUCAAAAAGCCAUUUGAAACAUACCUCGACUUAAAGAAGAAGUUAGAUGAAGCAUGCUCAAGUCCAUCUUUGCUUGAUCUUGUACAGCAAUGGCUGUCACGAACGCCCGGUCUGGGGAAAGGUUUCAACUUUUGGGCAAAGUAUGCAGCAAGUGUUAGUAAUAUAUUGGAAGAGAAAAAGCAACAAGCGGAGGUGGAAACGCGUCCACAAGUUAAAGAACAGAAAUUCAAAGAUUAUCAAAUGCAACAGCUGUUGUUUAAGCAACUUUUGGAUGAAAAAGAGCACAAUGCUCUAGUCAAGAAAGGAACCAGACGUCUCUCGCAUCAGGCUUUGCAGGGUGCCAUGAUGAUUACACUUUACAGAGAUGAACCGAGGUUUCAGGCUGCAUCACAGUUUAUGAACUUGUUGAUGGAUGUCGACACAUUGUUUAUGCAGUGGAGAAACAACCACUCACAUUUUGUCCAAAGAAUCAUUGGCACCAAAGUAGGCACUGGUGGCUCAUCCGGUUAUCACUAUUUGCGAUCCACUGUCAGUGAUCGAUAUAAAGUAUUUGUGGAUUUUUUCAAUCUUUCGUCGUACAUAAUUCCUCGUCACCAUAUUCCUGUUUUGUCAGAAGAGAUGAAGGAUCGCCUGUACGUUCAUUUUAUCACAGCGGAAAGUGAGCAGCGUUUUGCACGUCAUAUUUCACCAGGUUUUAGACAGGGAGAGGAGGGGCAGGACUAAACUGUUGACCAACACAAGUGUUUGACACAAUUGCGUGUAUUUUGUGAAGACGGUGGGAUGAUUUUAAUGGUUAAUUUUGAAUAACACACAUAGAAUAUAGAGCAAGUUUUGUGGUACAUGUAUACAGCUACAUGGUACUUGAA